GGAGAAGCUCGCUGCUGGUUCGCCUGCUUGCUAACUUGCUAGCAUGGCUACAGCCUAAUCACAAAUACACUGCAGUGCAGCUGCGGAGAGGACAGGGUCGGCUCCACUUUUCCUUCACAUUCUUCCAUUGUUUGCGCUUUUGUUUGAACCGAGAUGGGGACGCGAGAUGACGAAUAUGACUACUUGUUUAAAGUGGUCCUGAUCGGAGACUCUGGUGUGGGGAAGAGUAACCUGUUGUCCCGUUUCACCCGAAAUGAAUUCAACCUUGAAAGCAAAAGUACUAUUGGAGUAGAGUUCGCUACACGUAGCAUUCAGGUGGAUGGAAAGACGGUGAAAGCUCAGAUCUGGGACACAGCUGGACAGGAACGCUACCGGGCCAUCACUUCAGCGUAUUACCGGGGAGCUGUUGGGGCCCUUCUAGUGUAUGACAUCGCCAAGCACCUGACCUAUGAAAAUGUGGAGCGCUGGCUUAAAGAGCUGAGAGACCACGCAGACAGCAACAUAGUCAUCAUGCUCGUGGGCAAUAAAAGUGACUUGCGUCACCUUCGGGCCGUGCCCACCGACGAAGCACGUGCAUUUGCAGAGAAAAAUGGUCUGUCCUUCCUAGAGACCUCAGCCUUGGAUUCCACUAAUGUAGAGACCGCUUUUCAGACCAUCCUGACUGAAAUCUACCGGAUCGUAUCCCAAAAGCAGAUGUCUGACCGCCGAGACAAUGACAUGUCACCAAGCAACAAUGUGGUGUCCAUCCAGGUGCAACCUACUGAGAAUAAACCAAAGAUGCAGUGCUGCCAGAGCAUCUAGCGGCACCAGUCCUGUCCCGUACCCUCCUCCAACCACCCACCUGCAACACCCCCUCCUCCCCUCCUCUUCAAGACUGCUUUGGGUCUGAGAUGCAGCUGCACAACUAGGCUUGAGCACAGAGGCUGGUUCCAAAAGCUGGAAUCUCAAAGGGUCACCACCUGCAGUCUGGACUAAGCUUGUUUUUUUUUUGGUUGGUUCUUCUCCUUCCUGCCAUGGUAGGCUUUUAUAUUGCAGAAUUUUAAUAAUCAUUUGUGCCGAUCUUCACUGAAAUGUCUUAUAUAUAUAUAUAUAUAUAUAUUAUAAUUUCAUUCGCAAACGUGUGAGGUUCGCUUAUGUAUGUCUUUAGUAGCAGCCCCCUUGUCACUGGCAUGUCUGGGGUGGAGGGGAGAAACGUGCAGUAUUGGAGGUUUUGCUAUAUUUAAUGUGAUUGUCGAGAGAUGAUGUACCUGAUAGAUGUUAGAUGACGAUUAGGGCCCAAAGACCACAGGCUUCACCUUUCAGCCAUCUUCCAAGUAUGAUUUACAUCGCAUGUACAGUCCCUUCACGCACUUGGCACGGGGAACAUCGCGUCACGUUCUUGAUUUCACCAUCAGGCCAGUGGAAGAGGCCUUAAGGCAUAUAGCUACCGCGCUGUUUUCUCAUCACCUUCACGUGCUUCGAGGUAGAAUAGUGGUUUUAGUGCCUUUUUUUCUGAUGGAACGUCACACACACGGACGCCUUCAUGCAUGCGCUUAAAACGCAGCACCUCUUCAGCUACCCGAGCCAGUGCAAAUUGUAAUGUAGUCUAACACAAACCUUUUUUUUUGUAUUCCAGCCCUUGUCUACAUAUAGCAAAAGUUCAAUUUGUAGAAACAAUAAUUGAUAAUGCAAAAAGAGGGGAAAAGUACUUCAGCGGACAGGCACAAGUUCUCUUCGAAACACUACCACAGACCUAUUCAGUAUGAAACGAGGGAAUAGAGACUAAACGUAACAUUCUCUUCUCGUCACAACCUCGAACCCAUUGUACUUUUGCAGGUCACGCUCUGUCGUUAAAUUCAGAACAAGAAAAACAGGCAGCGGUGAAUGGCGGCCAGCUGACGGCCACAUCCCAUGAGAGCACUCUAGGGAAUAGAUUUGAUACUUUUUCUUUUCGUUUUUGCACUGAAUGCACUGAAUCUCUCCCGGUUUGACUUAGCGCCACUACAUGAUUAAUGAUCUUAAGACCUGUAACUUGUAUUUAUUCUGUGGUAGUCACUUUGAUCGAGUUGUUAGCCUUUAGUCUUCGUGGCGGGACUCUUAAAUGUUAAGACAGUGUGAUAAUUUAUGAAUGUAUUAUAUGUUUUAGCCUACGAAAAAGUCGUUGUCCUGAGUCCAGCAGAUGGGGAAACUACCACAAGCUGUGAUGCUCGUCUUCGCUUAAUGGCUGUCUAAUAAAACUUACUCAGUGUGACACAAAAUAUCAGUAAAGACUGAACUAAUAAUGCAUGUUAUAUAACGGUCACCACGGGUGACCUCGGAGCGGAGGAAUACUCUAGACCUCAGCAUCUUGGUCUGCAACCCUGAAGUCAUUUAUUUGCUGGAAAUUUCACUUUGGUUAUCGAUCCCCCUGACUUUAAUUACCCCAGCCCUAGGUGAAAUAACAUAGUUUGCUACGAUCAUUCUCAGCAGUAUCAGAACACAUUCCAGGUGGAAUUGAAGGCCCUUAAAGGCUGCAAUGUAAUUAGUGAAUCAGACUGAACCGAACGAACCGACAUAAGUGCAUGCGAGUCAUUUUACUGUUUUUAGUCUCCUGUAUCUCAUAAGGUAAAACUCUAGGUCUUCUAAGCAGCACAUCGAGGUAAUACAGUACUUAUCGCCAUCAAAAGGAAAAGACCUGGUGAUUAUACACGUGUCAGGGUCUGCUUGUGCUCGUUUAGGACCCUGACUCUGAUUGUAUGACUGUUCUUUAAAGGCAGGGGUCUCUGGUGCUAACGGGGGCCAGUGCCAAUGAUGUGAGGGUACAGAUGGCACAACUAUGACCUGCCCAUGCACUGCACAUAGCUGGUGUGUCCUAGUAAGAUUAAACGGAUAUUACUUUUCUGACUGUCGGAUCUUUCACGUAUUGCCUCGAGAACUUGAUUUCUUUUUUUUGUCUGCAAUGUACUGUGAUUUAUUUUGUAUUAUGAUUAUACUAUUACUCUGUCCACUGUAAUUCCAAUUUAAAAGAGCAAAUAAAAUAUGUAGUUAAUUCAAA